CAUUUCUAUAAAUUGGCAAAGGGUUCAUAUGCAUAGAAAACCAUAAGGGGUAUCAAUCAGAAUCUUGAAGCUUUUCCUGUGAUUAAACUAGCUAGCAAUCAUGGCUCAAGCAGCAGCGUCCGAAUCUUUCUCAGAGAAUGGCGUGUCGAUUGAGCUAACGAAGCUCGGAAGCAACUCGAGGAGCAUUCAUUCGAAAGUCGCGAUAAACGCAAGCCUGGAUACGGUUUGGAAAAUUAUGACAGAUUAUGAGAAAUUUGCUGAUGUUAUUCCUAGUCUUACUGUCUGCAAGGUAGUUGAAAGAGUUGGCAAUCGUGCUCGUGUUUACCAGAUAGCAAAUCAAAAUUUACCGUUGGGGAUGAAAUUCAAAUCCAAAGUAACAUUGGAUUGUUUUGAGAAAGAUGUUGAAACCACUGCUUCUGGAAUCAAACGUGAUCUUGAAUAUAAAAUGGUCGAAGGCGAUUUUCAAAUUUUUGAAGGCAAAUGGUCCAUCGAACAGGUUACGCAAGGUCAGAAAUUAGAAACAACACUUGCAUACAUAGUGGACGUGGUGAAGCCUAAGGCGUGGGUGCCAAUUAACCUAGUCGAGGGUAAACUCUGCAAGGAGAUGCAGGCUAACCUCUCCAGCAUCCGCGACGCAGCAGAAAAAAUGAACCACUAAACGACGCCGUUUAUUUCAUCACCAUGGUUACAGUGUAAUAAAUUAUAAAAAAUUGUCUUAAUGCAUUUCAUUCGUCUUUGGAAAAAAUUAAAAUGAAAGAAAUUGUAUUUUCUUUUUCUGAUGCAGAUGUAAACGAUGUAAUGAUGUAAUUCCAUUUCUCUUUAUUAUAAAUAUAAAAGUUGUUGUUGAGUA